CGUGGUUUCGCUUCCUCCCACGAUGACCUAGUUCAGCUGGGUGUUUCUGCGUCGCGACGUGAAUAUUCCUUAUUUCUUCUAGUUAUGCUUCCUGUAGAACUGCAUCAUGUUGCCACCGACACACAGUGGCCGGUAGAAGUCCAGCCACUAUCUACGCUCCUUUCAAAGCCGCUUUGCUACGUCCCUGGAGAUGCAUGUCUUCAUGCUUCGCCCUUGUUCUCAGAUCUUCUGGAAGAACUAUCCGCAACCGGGACCAAAUUUUCAUCUUCGGCGCUAAGCUCGCACCUUCUGUCCGGGUUUUUGGAUAUCAUACUAGCGACAGUGUCCUCGCUUCGACAGAUGAAAGAAGACCCUCACCCUUUUACCAUGCCUAUCUGGUCUACCUUGAUCCGGGCAUUGUGCUAUAUAUGCUUUAGCAACGUCGAGAUAUUUAACGAUACGCCGUUCAUUCUUCCAAAGAAUUUCGGCAAAUCUGUCUUUGACGGUCGCGCACUGAUGCUUAUUUCUUAUCUUUACGAGAACUCGCGAUCUACGCAGGGGGAACACCUGCCUGGGUGCUAUGAUAAAAUUGUGACGCUCGAGAACACUUGUUCCUCCAAACACGAUAAUUCUAGGGGAAGCACUGAAGGAAAAGGCGUAGACUGUAAAGACAAAGACGGUAUACAUGCCAAUAGCGACGACGUCUCCGAGGUCGAACUCGAUACUCGGACAGUUUCAUCCGAGUCAGACCAUGCUUUGGGGGGCGAUAUAUUCGACGAAAGGUUUGAUACAUCUUAUGAUCCCACGGAGUCGGAACAGUGGCCAAAAGUUCACUGUUUUUCAUCAUCACCAUCACGCGCUUCCAGUACUAGCUCCCUCGAUAUGCCAUUUCACGCGCACGUUCUUCCAGGUAGAGGCCGCCGUACUAAUGCGGUUCUUCCCAUCAUCUGCAUCGCAGAUAGAGAGAACAUCGUGCCACUCAUUGCUAGCGUGGCUUACCAACGGCGUGUUUGGGGGAUAGAAGAGCCGCUCGUGGGUGUAAUUCUUGCCAAGGACGGGUUUUCGGCACAGAUCGUUUUGGGGUGGACAAAUCCGCCAUCUGAUACGGGUAAUGAUUCAGAGUCUCUGGAUGAUCAUACGAUUGAUGAUUUGCCUAUGGUACACAUCGCUUACUCGGACACACCUUGUGCAGCUAAUGGCGUCUUCAAUCUGACUGAUCCCAUAUCAGCCCUUGCUUUUUCGCAAUUCAUCAUCGAGCUCCGUGAUCAUUAUGAUAAAGUUAUACUAGGGUGUCGCAGUACCUGCACACCUGUCAAUUCUUCUUUUGCGUGGAGAUCUGAUCUUAUCGAUCCCCCACUUCUUUCUGAAUGGGGCCAACAGAGAGAAGAAUCUGUCGCCUCCUGGAUUCGGGGUUUGAGAACACCGAGCAGCGUUGAUACUGACGACGAUCCACCUCCGUAUCCCAUUACCCCCCCUCCAACACAACAUUUCAAUCACGUACCGAUGUCAGAUCCAGUGAAGAAACCUGGCAGAGACAACGUACCUGUUAUUUCUCAUCCCUCACGGACGAAGAAAGGCGGGGAACAGGCGGAAUAUGAAAAGGCGACUACGUCGAGUUCGAUUUCCAGAUCUAUCAGAGGAAAGUCAACGUCGGAGGUUUCUGCUUCGAAUUCCAAGCUCCCGUCAAUCUCCAGCGCUAUUCAAUCGUGUUCUGAAUUCGCUAAAAGGGCUGAAUACGGAAUCGGCCCCGGAUAUCCUCUUUCGAUGACGACGUACAUCUACGAUCGAUACGUUUUAUCGAUUAGUGCUUUGAAGCUUUCAUCCAACGACGCAGUAUACGAGAAUAUCAAUAAGUAUAUAACCAUAUACGACAAUAUGUCGUGCUUUAGAAACCCUGCUUGGCGACUGGAAGAAGAACUACCGGUCGUCAAUGGUGCUUAUUUAGAAGCUGUCCGAAGAUGCUUUUGGAAGCAACUCCUAGCUGUUCGCAGCAGACUGGGCCCAGAGCAUCCUCUUAUGGACGGAUUGCAUCAAGAAAUCGUUUCUGAACGUUUAUCCCUAUUCUUCUGGGUGACUCUUGGGGCAUUUUUUCGUGGACAGCGAAAGUCUGUCAAUGAGGCAGAGUCCCGUCUUCAGUGGGACAUACUCAUAUUCCAUGUAAUGAAUGGCCUGGCUUCCGAAGACGAUGGUGUCCACAUCAGACCCUUAUUUGAGCGGUCUCUAUUGCUUUCUCGCAAUCGACUCGUUGAUGGGCUGAAUUCCACCGGAACAAGCAACCAGGUCAUAUCUGGCGCCAGAGGCCGAGCACUUGAAUAUCACAACAUCUGCUUGGUCUCUCAAAUGUCCUCUGGGCCUGGUGUCGUGAGGACGCAGGAAGGGGCCGCUUCGGAGGUCGCCCGCCAUCUCCUUGAAGAGACCGAAAAUCUGUUUGGUGGCACCGAGCAAAACCUCAACAGAGUGAUCUCUUCCAUCCGCCAUCGUGCUAACAGUGAACCGCAUACGGGAACCUGUGAUGCUGUCGUUGUACUUACGACCGACAACCUCAUCUUGCCAUCGUCGAAGUGCAAGAUACCCAACUUCAUCAACAUUCCCGAGAAUGAUAAGGAUGGUGUUUUGCCACCACCAUUACCCAAGGAACACCAUGAUACCGACGACAGCGCCCUCUUGCUUCCCGCUCCUUCCCUUGCAAAUACGACUCCUUUUAACGAUGAAGACUCUCUUGCUGCGCGCAAGACUGAGACCACUCAAACUCGUGCCUCUUCGAAAUCGAAACAACGAACCGACCUCAAGAAUUUCAAGGAGAAUUUGAAAAACUCGCGCAAUUCCUUUCUAGCUGCUUCAUCCGCAUGUAAUGAUCAUUGCAAGAAGCCAAGCGACAAAAGUAUCCCGCAGCUCUCAGACGAACUUCCCACCGUUGUCCCUCUGAAUCUAGGAGGCAGGAUUCUAUUUGCGAUCCUUGUGGUUGAGCACAAGAGGCCCGGUGAUGACCCCGCAAAGCCGCUGAACCAGGCCAGGACUUACCUGGAGGCUUCUGUUAGGCUUCUGGAGGCGCAUGGGAUCAAAGAACUUCCGGUUUUUGCUUUGGCAACAAAUGGUAAUGAGGGUGUUGUCCUCAUGGCAUGGUGUUCGAAGGAUUCAGAGAGGGUUUAUCUGAUAGACCGUUGUGUGCAAAAAUUCAACAUUUCGUCUCCUAUAGAAGUUCUCCACUUUGUGACGUUUCUCCUGCGCCUCAAGGAUUACUACAUUGUGCAUUUCAGGGAUAAUCCAUCACAGAUUGAAGGGGCGAACGAGGCAGCUAAGAAAAUGGCAGAGCUAGCUGAUGAAGCACUUCGCAAGGCUCAGGAAGGUGCAGAGAGUGCUGGUGUUGCAGGGGGAAGUGUUGAGGUGGACUUGGACUGGGGAUGGUGGAAAUCGGCCCAGACGAAGCGAGUUCGACCUCCCAAGGAUGAGUCAGGGAAGUCAAAGUCAAAGUUGGGGAAAGUGGUAGAAGGUGUGGGGAAUAUGCACUUGUCAACUUAAAUGCUCGGUAUCAAUGAUAUUCUGUACAGUGUAUUAGUAUAUAAAUGAACUUGAAUACCAAUUGUCAUCAUAGGCUUAUAGAAAUAUGUAGCAGCUAAUACAAGUUACAACAUCAUGGAACUUUGGUGAAAUGAAGC